CGAGUAUAUGCCCAGCACCCGCUUCGAGCCACCCCCAAAAAUUGGCGCGGGUAUUGCACGCUGGCCAUCACGGUCCCGUGCUAUUGCCGAGGUGCUAGAGGACCCGGCGAGCCUCGCCUUUUGGCAAGGCGAGAGCGCGCUGGAGCGUAUUGACGCGCCAACUGGCCGCUCGGGCCUGGUGGUGAGCGGUGCGUUCCUCCUCUAUCUCGCGGUCGAUAUGAUGGUGGGCGUCGUAUGCCGGCACCGCUUCCGCCGCUCGAUGGGCGCCGUGUACCUGCACCAUGUUGGCUGUCUCGUCCCGACCGCCUACUUCAUUCUGCCGUCGCCUCCGCGCGGGUACUUCCUCUACGUCUGGGGAGAGGCGCUCACCGCCGUGAGGGUGCUAUCCCCCGUCGCUCGGUGGCAUGCUCGCGGCGUCGUCUUUGCGUGCCGACGGGUGCUGUGGACGUACCUCUUGUGCCGCGACCUCUACCUGUGGGAGGACACCGCCGAAAUCUUUGGCGGCGCAGCUGCGACGAUGCCUCCGUGCGUCUGCCUCCUGCUGCUCGGCCUCGACGUGGUGUGGUGGAGAGAGCACGCGCGGACAGGUGCGGAGCACAGGAGCUCGAGUGGCGCCGCCGGCAGCGCUGGCAGCGGCGGCGGCGGCGAGGCUGAUGGCGACGCGGUGGAGAUGGAGGGCUCGCUGUUGCUCCCGAGGACGAGCGAGGCGGGCGCGGCUGACGCGGCGGGGCCGACGCCUUCGGGUGAUUAUGCGAUUGACGUGCCCAGCCGCAGCCCCGGCGAGGGCGCGUCGUGUAUGGGCGACGAGGGCGACGGCGACGGAGCGGGAGGCUGCGCCGGGAGUCGCCGCGGCGGCGAGCAGGAGCACUCCUUCGGAACCGACUUGCUGCGGACUGCGCCAAGUGUGAUAGGGCUCGACUCGCUGUGA